AUGUUAAGGAGGUCUCAGUUUCCUAUGGGCCAACACUUCAAGUUGUCAGUUCAUCAAGCUCCAAGAUCUGAGGUAGAAAUAAAUGAGAAGCAGAAACUCCCUUAUGCUAGCAUGAUUGGUAGCAUUAUGUAUGCCAUGAUUAGCACAAGGCCGGAUAUAGCCCAAGCUGUUUCUAUUACCAGCAGUUUUAUGUCGAACCAUGGGAAGGAGCAUUGGUUAGCCUUGAAAUGGUUGAUGAGAUAUAUGAAAGGGGCCAGUGACAUUGGGAUUCUGUUUGAUGGUGCAAAUGAAGUAUGUGGUGAUGCUUUGGUGGGAUGGUCAGAUUCUGAUUUUGCAGGAAACAUAGACACAAGAAGAUCCCAAUCUGGAUAUGUGUUCACUCUUUAUGGAGCUGCAGUAAGCUGGAAGAGCAGUCUCCAAUCAGUGGUUGCACUAUCCACAACCGAAGCUGAGUUUAUGGCUUUAACAGCUGCGGUAAAGGAAAGCUAUUGGCUAAGGGGGAUUUUGAAAGACUUUGGUGUAGUUCAAGAAUCAGUGGCUGUUGGUUGUGACAACAACAGUGCGCUUUGUGUGUCCAAACACCAAGUAUACCACGAGAGAAGUAAACAUAUAGACGUGCACCUACAUUUUAUCCGAGAGAAGAUAGAUGAAGGCGAAGUAAAGGUAUUCAAAGUAGAUACCACUGAGAAUCCGGCUGAUAUGCUUACUAAGCCGGUGUCAAGAAGCAAGCUUGGAUCAUGUAUGAAGCUUGUGAGUUUAUGCAAGAUAUGUUGA